AUUGUUAGGUCAGGUGUCAUUGAACAUUUGUAACGUUGGUUUUGAGACUUAGGUUACAAAUUAAAGUUUAAAUUGUUUAGCAUUCCUUCAAAGUAACACAAUGUCUUCUGUUGUACUUCGACUCUGUUCGAGAACUGCCCGUGCAGUCACUCGCGUGGCAGCAUUCAAACCACAGCAUCGUAAUUACGCCGAAGCAGCCGCCGCUGUAGCUCAACCCGGCCAGAUGUUAUUCACCUUCGCUGCCCCUGCAGAGGCAUAUUAUGAAUCCAGCACAGCGGUGAGACAAGUUGAUGUUUCGACCUCCACCGGCUCCAUUGGUAUCCUUGCCAACCAUGUUCCAACACUUGGUGUUCUUCAACCAGGAGUAAUUACCGUGUACGAAACAGAAGGAGCAGUCAAGAAAUUUUUUGUGAGCAGUGGAUCAUAUUGUGUCAAUGAAGAUGCCUCAGUUCAAAUCAACGCUGAAGAAGCUGUUCCAAUCGAACAACUGGACAAAGAUCUUGCAAGGGCCAAUCUGACUAAAGCACAAUCUCAAUUGUCGAGCGCAACGACUGAAACUGGCAAAGUUGAAGCCCAGAUUGCAAUUGAAUGCAACGAGGCUAUUAUCAAUGCUGUGUGAUGCGUUGACAACAAUUUAUUUUAAUACUUUACUUUCAAACUAAAAGUCCCCUCUAGUUUCCCAUGGUUCAAAUUUUAUUUAUACAUACAACGUGCUAAACAAUUUACUCCAAAUUCGUUCAAUAAAAACAAAUGUCAAAAA